GCAGGGCUUAGAAGGCAGAGAACUUUGCAACGGAACAGCUCCGGUGUUUUCCUUAGAAUUGUAUCUGAAUGAAAAAUAAAGUACAGCUUAGAGUGACCGGUUCCAAGUUUCUGGAAUAAAACAGUUUUCAGGGAAAUUCUGCUUCAGUUCCUUGGACCAUCCGAGAGUGUGUAGCCCUCCCUCCGGGGUACAGCUAUGAUUGGAAAGUUUCUUUUGCGGUCCUGAAGAGUGAGCCCUUCCUCAAGGCUUGGAGAUCAAAGGUGCUGGCUGCCGAGAACCGCUGAGGAAAACUGUAUAAGGACCAGCUCUGUCCCACAUACAUAUCUGCUUCCUGGUGAGUCACAGAACGUGACUUUUCCACAUUCCAGAUCAAAUAGCUCCAAGAACACAUACCUCAAGUUUCUAAUAUAAAAAGAAGAUUCCAGAAAAGCCCUGGAACAUUGAAAACAUGAAUGAACAAGUAACUCAACCUGAAUUGAUCAAAGACUGGUCCAAAGAACAUGUGAAAAAGUGGAUAACUGAAGACCUUAACAUUGAUGAGAAAUAUGCUCAAAUCCUGCUCAAUGAAGAAGUGACAGGCAUGGUUCUUCAGGAAUUAACUGAAAAAGAUCUUAGAGAAAUGGGGUUGCCACGGGGUCCAGCACUUCUGAUAAGACGUAUGUAUAACAAAUUGAAUAAUUCCCCUGAAUGUGAAAAUCAAGAUUCCAGACAAUUAAGUAAUACAAAACUCUCAAUAAAAGAUCACCAAAAAAAGACCAAAAAUGAGGAAGAGAAAUCAGUUUCAUUGAAUACUGAUCAAGAUCUCAGAGAGAUGGGACAGAAUAAAGAUCAAGACCCAAGUAUUCUGAGAGGAAAUGUGUUAAGUGACAUAGUGAUUGAAGACACAGAAGAUGAUAAACCCAAAGCAGAACAGAUGUCUUGUAUGCCACAUCCUUUUGAUUCUUUUCAUGAUGACAAAUGCUACAUAGAACACUCUAUUCUACAAGUUGCUGAAACAGGGCCGCUCAAUCUCAUAGACCCAGUGCAUGAAUUCAAAGCCCUCACAAACACAGAAACAGCCACAGAAGAGGACAUUAAGAUGAAAUUUAGCAAUGAAGUUUUCCGAUUUGCAUCAGCAUGUAUGAAUUCACGCACAAAUGGCACUAUCCAUUUUGGAGUUGAGGACAAACCACAUGGACAAAUUGUUGGUGUGAAAGUCACCAGUAAAGAUGUAUUCAUUAAUCACUUCAAUGUAAUGAUCACAAAGUAUUUUGACGAUAGUGACAUCAAAGAAGCCAGGGUAUGUAUUCGGGAACCAAGGUUUGUGGAAGUCCUAAUGCAGAACAAUACAUCAGCUGAUAGAUUUGUCAUUGAAGUAGAUGUUAUUCCCAAACAUUCUAUAUGUAAAGAAAAGUAUUUCUACAUUAUGAUGCAAAGUUACACAGAUAAAACAUGGAAACAAAGCAAAGAGAAUUCACUGUUUGUGAGAGAAGGGGCUAGCUCUAAGAAUAUCCUGGCCAAUCCCAAACAACGGGAUAGAGAGUUCAAAAAAUUUCUAGAGAAUUUAAAGACAUGGACAGCAUCUAGAAAAGAGGCUGAAGAAGAAGACAGGAUGGUGACUAAGAAAGAGAGUGAGGGGCUAAAGCUAGGUAAACUUUUGACCAGACACCAAGGCUCACUGGAUAACUCUUACUAUGACUGGUACAUUCUUGUAACAAAUAACUGCACCCCAAAUCAAAUAGAGCAUUUAGAUUUCCUAAAGGAAAUUAAAUUGUUUGCUGUGCUGGAUUUUGAUCCUUGCUCUCAGAUCAAGGGAGUGGCCAAAGCUUACAGAGAAAGCCGAAUUGCAAACCUCCACCUACCCAGUCAGUAUGAAGAAAAAACUAGCAUGGAAGAGAAAAUUUCUACUCUGAAACUUUAUGAGCAGCCCAGCUGGAUAUUCUGCAAUGGCAGAUUAGACUUGCAGAAUGACUCAUGUCAACCUCUAGAGCCACAUUUGUGGCAAAGAGAAAGAGCUUCUGGGGUCAGGAGACUGAUCUCGUUUCUCACAGAUGAAAACGUAGUGGAAAGAGGGAAGGUUUUGGUGGUGUUUCUCUUACUUUCUCCAGUAGAAAACCAAAAAGAUCCACUCAUUGAGACUUUCUGUGCUUUCUAUCAAGUUUUCAAUGGUAUGGACAACAUGUUGUGUAUCUGUGUCAACUCACGUAUCUACCAACGGUGGAGUGAUCUGCUGCAAGUAAGACUGGAAAUCAAAGAGGAUUUAGCAGAACAUAGCAUUUCCACUUUAAAUAUAGAACUGGUCAACAAUACCAUCCUUAAACUGAAAUCAGUGAUUCAGUCUUCAAGAAGAUUCUUGCCCUCCUGUGGAUCCUCCUCAGUUAUCCUGGAGAAAAUGGAGGAAGAUAUCCUGUCUGCACUAGAAAUCCUCUGUGAAAAUGAAUGUAGAGACACAGACAUAGAGAAAGAUGAAUCCGAAUUCCUAAAAUUUAAGAAAUCGAGAGAAGAACACUUUUAUCGAGGAGGCAAAGUAUCCUGGUGGAACUUCUAUUUUUCUUCUGAACACUAUUCCUCGGCUUUUGUGAAAAGGGAUAGUUAUGAAGAACUUACUACGUUAAUACAACAGUGUGCAGAGUCUCCUAAACCGGUAUUUGCCAAAGUCAUCAACCUGUACCAUCACCCAGGCUGUGGAGGCACUACGUUAGCUAUGAAUGUUCUCUGGGACUUAAAAAAGAAGUUCCGAUGUGCUGUAUUGAAAAACAAAGCAACUGAUUUUGAAGAGAUUGGAGAACAAGUAAUCAGGCUGAUCAGCUACAAGGCUACCAGCCACCAGGAUUACAUUCCUGUUCUUCUCCUUGUGGAUGAUUUUGAAGAACAAGAAAAUGCCUACAUUCUGCAGAACACCAUCAAUUCCUUUAUAGCAGAAAAGGGUCUGAGAUAUGAAAAAACACUAGUAAUCAUCCUGAACUGCAUGAGAUCUCAGAAUCCAGAUCAAAGUGCAAAAUUAGCAGAAAGCAUUUCACUAAAAUACCAACUUUCUGCCAAAGAACAAAGAGCUUUUGAGGACAAACUUGAGGAAAUUGAAAAGGAGCAUAAGAACUGUGAAAACUUUUAUUCCUUUAUGAUCUUUAAAGGCAAUUUUGAUACAACUUACAUAGAAAAUGUAGUGAAGAAUACACUGAAAGACCUGGACACUCACAGCAGGAAAGCCCAGCUCAUUUCUUACCUGGCAUUACUCAACUCUUAUGUUACAGAUUCUACCAUUUCAGUAUCACAGUGUGAAAUAUUUUUGGGAACCUCAAUCACUUUCACCAGGAAAGAUGAGAAACCUAAAAGCGUAGAAGACAACAUGGGAACCUAUUCCACACUUCUAAUAAGAACAGAAGUUUCAGAAUAUGGGAGAUACACUGGAAUACGUCUCAUUCACCCUCUGAUUGCCAUUUACUGUUUAAAAGAACUGGGAAUGAGCUAUGGAAUGGACAAGUGUCAGAUUGCAUUGAAUAUACUAGCAGAGAAAGUAUUCUAUGACUCUGGAAUAGGAAGAGACAAAUUUAAGCAUGAUGUGCAAACUCUCUUGCUUACAAGACAACGUAAGGAGCAUGGAGCUGAAACAGAUACUCUGUUUUCACCAUUAAUUGAAGACUUGCAGAAUGAGGAACCUGAAAAGGUCUUGACUGCAGGAAGUGAUCGAUUCCCACAAAAUGCAUUCAUUUGUCAAGCUUUAGCAAGACAUUUCUAUAUUAAAAAGAAGAAUUUUAGUACUGCUCUGGUCUGGGCAAAUUUGGCCAAAAGGAAAGCACCUAAGAAUUCCUACAUUUCAGAUACACUUGGUCAAGUUUACAAAAGUGAGAUCAAACAGUGGCUGGUUAAAAAUGAGACCAGUAGCAGUAUUAGUGUGGGUGACCUAACACAUUUGCUAGAAAUCGCAGAAAAGGCCUCCAAAGCAUUCAAAGAGUCUCAGCAGCAAACGGAUAGUAAAGACUAUGAAACAGAGGCCUGGUCACCACAGAAGUCCCAAAGAAGAUAUGACACAUACAACACAGCAGGGUUUUUUGGUGAAAUAGAAGUAGGUCUUGACACUAUCCGGAUUCUUCAGCUCACACCCCUUUUCCACAAAGAAAAUGAAAUGUUGAAAGACGCUAUGGUACAAUUUUUGUCUGGAAAGGGGAUCAACCCUCCAGACACAAAAGAUGAAUAUUAUGCUGUUCUUAGCAACUUUACAUCCCACCUACAGAAUUUACAGUCAGAUCUGAAGCGAUGCUUUGAUUUUUUUUUGAAUUAUAUGGGUCUUCUAAAGCCAAGGAAUACCCCAAAAGAAAUGACAGAACUUUCACUAAAUAAGAAAGUCAGCAGGUGUUUCAAAAAAUAUGCAGAACUUUUCUGCCGAUUGGACACCAAUUCCUUACAGGGCAAAGAGAACCUGUUACUCCAAGAGGAGAAUUGUCGGAAACGCAUAGAAGCGUGGAGAGCAGAUACAUUUUCAGGCCUCCUUGAAUAUCUUCAUCCAAACCAUAAAGAGGUUAACAACAUGGAAAAUAUAGUGAAGGACUACACCUUCCUAUUACAGCAAGGCCUAACCAAGCGAAUGGCCAAGGGGCUGACAAAGGAGACACAGAAUUUCAUUUUGGCCAACAUUAUUCUCAGUUGUCUAAAGCCCACUUCCACAUACAUCCUGCCAUUUAACACACUGAAAACAAAGCUCCGAGAAGUCCUGCAACUUGUGGGACUAAGUCAUCCAUAUCCUGAUCCUUAUUUCCUGGCCUGCCUCCUAUUCUGGCCAGAAAACAAUGAGCUAGAUCAAGAUUCCACACUCAUAGGAAAGUAUGUCUCAUCCCUGAAUCGAUCCUUCAGGAGACAGUACAAGCGCAUGUGCAGGUCCAAGCAGCCAAGCACCCUGUUCUACCUGGGGCAGAAGAAGGGACUGAACAGUCUUGUUCACAAGGCCGAAAUCGAGCAGUACUUCAGUGAAGUGCAAGAUUCAAAUUCCUUCUGGCAGAGUGGAGUAGUGUGGGAAAAGAGGGAAGUCAAAGAUCUCCUGCGACUACAAUAUGGUCAGGCUGAAGGCAAGCUAAUCUCUGUAGAAUACGGAACAGAGACAAAAAUAAAAAUACCAGUGACUUCUGUGUACUCGGGUCCACUCAGAAGUGGAAGGAACAUUGAGAGAGUGUCCUUCUACCUAGGAUUUUCCAUUGAGGGCCCUCUAGCAUAUGGCAUAAAAGUGAUCUAAGAAGGUACAUUAGUCCAAAGGUGUAAAUUUACAUAUAUUAUUGUACUCACUCUUUCUAAUCCAUAGCAUUUGCAUGACAUUAUUGGCUUAACUAUAAUCACAGUUUGCUUCUUUUUCUCUAAUUCACUAUGGAAGACCUUGUAGGACAGGAAAUUAUCCAUACCACAGAACUUGGCACACAGCAGCUUCAAUCACUCCAUAUACUAAAUAUGCAUUCCCAGAUUGACAUAUUUAGUUUAGUUGUUUCAGUUGGUUUCUAUGAGUCACAAAUGGUCAAUAAAGUCUAUGUAAAUUAAAUCACCUUUCUGAUUUGUCCUUCACAAAUCUAUUCCUGAUUAACCUCCACCUGGAACUCUUCUAUGGCCACCCAUAGUCCCUGCCUGAUUGGUGGCUUCCUCAUAGUAGUAAGUUCACUUUAUACCAUAUUUCUAGUAUAAGGAAUAGCAUCUCAGAAGUUUAUUCACAAGUAUCUAGUAGCCAAAGUAGCCUCAAACAGCAUUCUAGACCUUGGAAUUUAAAGCUACCUGUUGCCAAUAAAAUGAAAGGCAUGGUUAAAAAGUAUAUGUAUGGUAAGUGGAAAAUAAAUAAUAUAUAGUAUAUACACAUAUAUAUGCUCCAUCUCUAUAUAUUCUUAAAUGUAACCUAGCUACUCCUGAUGCCAUGGUUCUUGUCAUCAAGAAGGCUGUGCCUUGUCAGGGUUCUAAUUUCCACUGAAUCUGGAAGUGCUUACAUAGUUCACAAACAAAUCCUAUUUCUAGGAGCCACAUGGACACCUGCCUCUAUUCCUAACUGCCUUCUUCCUCUACACUCAACCUCUCCAUUAACAGACUCCCCCAAGUAGCAGCACUCUCUGAGCAUCCUGUAGAUGUAGUUUAUCUCCAAGUUCCUCAGAAGACUGCUGAGUCUAGGCUGUAGAAUUUAAAGUAAGACAUCUCAAGACAUGCUACAGAGGGUACUUAAAAAGAAAGGAUGAAGAACUUUAGAUGUUCCUGUGAACCAAAACAGUCCUAUGUCACUCAGGCACAAUGACCUCUCUGCAAGUUCUUGGUCUUGGACAAGGCUGUCUGUACUUCCAACACUUAUUCAAUAUAGUACUUGAAGAGUUAGCCAGAGCAAUA